AUGAGCUGUACAAAUCUCGUCGUGGAGGCAUGGACAUCUUGGGCCAUAGCCGUCGUAUUUAUUGCAGUGAGAAUUUCUGCACGAGUCUCGAACCUGGGUUGGAGACAAUUAAAAUUGGAUGAUGGUUUAAUGUUUGCCGUUUUGUUCGUAUAUACAGCUGAAGCAACCUCAUCAUACUACCUCGUGGCUCGCUGGUUAGGUUAUUCGAAUGGUGGAAUGACUGAAUCGGAGCGUCAGACUCUCGAUCCAAAUUCUCUAGAAUGGUUGUAUCGAGUUAACGGGGCUAAAACGCAUAUUUGGAAUUGGGUAACCUACAUUUCGUUGAUGUGGUUACUGAAAGCUUGUUGGAUUACCUACUAUGCUCGUUUAAUCUCAGCUGCUGAAAAAAGGUCAUUGAAACGUAUCACUGUAGGAUAUGUGGUGUUGGGUGUUACAUAUCUAUCAGCUAUUCUGGUAGUAUUUUGUAAAUGUAUGCCAUUGAAGAAGCAAUGGCAAAUUUAUCCAGAUCCAGGAAAUUCCUGUUAUUCUGGCAAUUCUGUAUUUCAAAUGGCUUUCAUCAUGUCUGUUAACACAGCAACACAUAUGUAUAUUAUGGCCAUACCUCUUCCUACUAUUCUUGGCACGAAGGGAAUGUUACCAUAUCAAAAGCUCUUUCUUCUCGUCCUUUACAGUGGAGGAUUUCUCGUCACCGUCUUCGGAAUCCUACGUUGUGUUUCCAUCUUGACCACUUUAGGCACAGCCACAUCAAGCGGACAAUGGUCCCUUCGCGAAUCAUUUCUCGCAGUCCUAGUAACCAAUCUUCCAAUAGUCGCUCCGAUUAUCAAACGCUUUUCUCAACAAGUCCGUGAUCAAUCCACGAAAAUCUCAUCGCAUACUGGAAGUUCGCCUUUUCGAGAAGAGGAAGUCGAACUGGGCGAAUUGAAAUUGAACCACGAAAGAUCCCGAUCAAGAGGGAGAAAACAAUCUUUAAUCCCUAGGAUUAAAGAGAUGGGACCCGGGGAAUGGGAUGAUGAUGAGGUUGUUAUGGUUCCGAAAGCUGCGCUGCGGAGAUCUUACAUGGGUUGUAAAAGUCCAGCGCCGGGUGAGGAUGAGAGAGGAAACUAUUUUCAGUCUCGUUCGCACACGUCUACACCUAACGGCAAUGCGAGCUCGAAAGAAGAAUUACAAAUAUCGGAAUUACAACAGCGAUUAGACUUAGUACCGAAGAAGGAAAAGAGUAAUAUGAGAACGACGAUUCAGGCAGGCUAUGGAAAUCAUAAUCGCUGGAAUUGGAGUAAAGAUGAGAGGAAAGAUGGAGAAGGGGAGGAGGUGGAAGAGGGUCAGAUUAGAGUGGUGCAGGAAUUUAGAUUUACGAAUAGUGCUAGUAGUGUUUAUGGGGGACCUGUUGCUGGACGAUAG